AUGUCAUCUACUCAAUGUCGUUGUGCUGCUUGCCAUAUGCUUGGACAUAGCAGAAGUACUCAUAAGCAAUGUCUCAUGAACCCAAAGAAUAUUUCUCUCCACAUUCCUCAAAAGAGAACUAAUGUAGAUGAAUAUCCUGCAGAAAGUAGCCAAACUGCUGCCUUGAGAAUAAGAAGUGAGCCUGUCCAAGACCAAAAUUUGGACAUAGAAACAUUGACUUCUAUUUCAGUUUCUGAGUUGACUGAAUUUCCACUCGCAAAUGAGACUAUUACUGAAGUUCUUGAAGCAGUCAUGGAAGAAGAGAUUGAGGAGACUUCAUCCAAUGAAGAAGUGACUAGAAGAGAAGAAGAAGUCGAGGAGAUUUCAACUGUGAAUAGAGGAUCAAUUUUACCCCAUUGUCCUCACUGUAACGGAACUGAUCAUCACCAAAUUACAAGCAGAUUUUGUCCAAACAAUAACACUAUUUCAGAACCAGCAGUUGAUAACAGGGGAGAUAUGGAUAUCGAGUGUCGAUUUUGUGGGGCAAUGAUGUGGGCACAUGAAAAAAACAGUCGUUCUUCUUUAAGAAGCCCCACGUUCUCUAUGUGUUGUAACAAAGGAAAGCAUGUUCUCCCCCAAAUUGAGCCAACAUCUACAGGAAUUGCUGAGCUUUUGAACUAUAGAACACGUGAUGGAAAGUAG